UUCAGGGACUGGAGUAAAGUCGAGACACCCAAAAGGUGGGACGGCCCGCAAUGCGUUGCACUACGGUUUUCAACCAACAAGUUGAAAGUCAUGGACUGUCACGAAGUAACGACAUUCAUGUGCAAGCUUACCUUGGACACAUGUAUUUGUCCUCCUUGUUAUCGUCCUGGUCCUCCUGCCAUUCCAAUAUCCACCACUACCAACUCUCCUCCUACCUGUCCUCCUUGUGCUUCCACUGCCCCUGGUCACACUACCCUUCCAACUAUAUUGAAAACCACCGCCGUGCCGCAAACCAUUUUGGCACCGGAGAUCUGCAAAAUAUCAAUCAAUCAGUCCACAUCGUGUGCCUCGAAUGACUACACGUGCUCGUGCCUGCUCGGCGUGUUUCCCAACCCGGAUGGUGCAUUCCAAGCUGAACUCAACGACGGUCUCAGUGUGAAUCGCGGCAUUGUCAUCAGAGGACAAGCCGAUUCCAAUGCAGAGAGGCUCAUCGUCAAGCUGCUUCUGGGCAAAGAAGACAACGUGACAGCGCUUCAACUGAAUUUCCACUUUGGAAACAAAACCACUGAGGUCAACUCCCGAGCGGACAACAAAACUGCCCAAAAGACCGUGAACGCUUCUCAACACCACAAGUUUGGACCCGGACACAACUUCAAGAUUGUCAUUCGAUGUGGCAACAACACUUUCAAUAUGACCUUGGAUGACAAUGUCCAGCUGGGCUUGGAACAUCAAUUUAAGGACCUGCAACGCAUCAAGUGGCUGGAAGUGUGGCACGUGCUGCUGAGUUCCAUCCAGCUGAUGUGACCAAGUCCACUUUUGGAUAUCAGCAACAAUUGUUUAAAUUCUAACUUUUUUUUUCUUUCAGCACUCACUAUUGCUACCUUCUGGUAUAUAACAGCGAAGGGGGGUAAUGCAUUACUGUAAUAUAUUACAUUUAAGAUGAAAUUCAAUGAAUUUCUGCAUUGGUAGUCGUUGAACCUGAUAAUGUUACUUUUCUAAGACCACAACUCAGGUUUGAUCACAAAGAUUUAUAACCAAAUGAAAACCUGAGGUUUUUUUUAGGGUCGAUUUAAUAGAACGGUACCGGAUUGACCAUAUAGUUUGUGUGCGCUUUUAUUUUGAUUUUUUUUUUUUUAAUAUAUGUAAUUGCCACUUGCGAGUUUGGCUUAAUGUAAUUCUUUUGUUGUAAGAAAAUAAAAAGAUAUGA